AUGAAAAUGUCGGUCUCCAAGACAGCUGCCCAGCCGAAGCGCGUCCCGCGCUGGCGUCUGAUCUUUGACCAGGGAAGUGUUUCUGAAAACAUCAUCAAUGACCGAUACGAUGGUUCAGGCACAGAGGAGGAUCCCUUCCAAGUCUCAUGGGCGGACAAAGACGAGCGCAAUCCUAUGAACUUCUCUGAGGUGGGCAAAUGGAUGAUCACGAUCCUAGUCGGCGUGUCAACAAUGGCAGUUGCCUUGGUUUCAUCUGCAUACACAGGCGGCAUCAACGAAGUCAUCAUUGAUUUCCGAAUCAGCGAGGAGGUCGCGAUCUUGGGAAUUUCGCUCUUCGUCAUCGGCUUCGCUGUCGGACCUCUGGUCUGGGCCCCUCUGAGUGAGAUCUAUGGUCGUCGCUAUAUCAUGAUCGCUAGCUCGAUUGGUCUGACGGCAUUCACGGCCGGCGCGGCUGGAGCCCAAAACAUCUGGUCUCUCAUCAUCAUCCGCUUUUUUGCCGGUACCCUAGGCUCUGCUCCCUUUGCUGUUUCUGGUGGUGUCAUUGCCGAUACGUUCCCGAGCAUAAGUCGCGGUUUGGCUAGUGGGCUUUAUUGCGCUGCCCCAUUCUUGGGCCCGACCAUCGGUCCUAUCAUUGGUGGGUUUCUUUCUGAGUCUGCGGGAUGGCGAUGGGUUGAAGGCCUUUUAGCUGCGUUCGCGGGUGUAUUGUCAAUCGUUACGAUUUUUGCUCUACCAGAGACAUACGCACCCGUGUUGUUGCGAAAGCGCGCUGAGCGUUUAUCCAAAAUAUCCGGUCAGGUCUACCGGAGCAAAGUCGACAUCGAGCAGGGUAAGAAGUCACCGGUGGAAAUUCUCAAGGUCGCUCUCUCACGGCCGUGGGUGCUUCUAUUCCGUGAGCCAAUUGUCCUUCUGCUUUCCCUUUAUCUUUCAAUCAUCUACGGAAUUUUAUAUCUCAUGUUUGCCGCCUUCCCGAUUGUGUUCCAGGUCGAACGUGGCUGGAGCGAAGGCCUUGGAGGACUAGCCUUCCUAGGAAUUCUGGUUGGUAUCCUGUUCUCAGUGGUAGCCACAUUCCCAGCCUACUUCCGAUACAAGAAAAAGGUUCUCUCCACCCCUGGCCGGAUAGCCCCAGAAGAGCGUCUACCGGACUCUUUCUACGGUGCCAUUGCACUGCCAAUUGGGUUGUUUUGGUUUGCCUGGACGAACUCUCCCCACGUCCACUGGAUGGCACCAAUCGCAGCAGGCGUACCCUUCGGGUACGGCAUGGUGAUGGUAUUCCUUCCAAUUUUGAAUUACUUGAUCGACGCGUAUACAAUCUAUGCUGCAUCUGUGUUAGCCGCCAAUGCUGCGCUGCGUUCGAUCUUCGGUGCUGCUUUCCCGCUUUUCACUACGCCCAUGUAUCAAAAUCUGGGUAUUCAUUGGGCCUCGAGCAUUCCCGCUUUUCUGGCCCUUGCUUGCGUGCCUAUGCCUUUCUUGUUCUACAAAUAUGGUGCGGGUAUUCGGGCUCGAUGCCAUUACGCUGCAGAGUCGGACGCUUUCAUGGAAAAGUUGUUUGGCAAGGCUGUGCAACCACAGCCACAGAAAACCGAAGAUGACGGAACUACUCCCAGUACGGAGUAA